AUGAAUAUGAAUAAUAUAACAAUAUCGGCGGUACGCCCUAGAACAAGUAUUAUUGAUAAAUCAUUAAGUAAAGGAAAAGGUGAGGUUAGUUUAAGUUGUUAUGCUUUACUAUUUUCUGAAUUAGUUCAAUAUUGUCAAAAUCGUGUUUACACCGUACCUGAAUUACAAAACAAAUUAGCAGAAGUUGGAGCAGAUGUUGGUCACCGAGUUACAGAUUUAUUGAUAAUGCGAGAUAAAAAUGGGAAGCGUGAAAUAAAAUUACUCAACAUAUUGCUUUUCGUUAAAAGUACGCUGUGGAAGUCGCUGUUUGGACGUGAAGCUGAUAAGUUGGAGCAUGCUAAUGACGAUGAAAGGACUUACUACAUCAUCGAGAAGGAAUCGUUGGUUAACAAAUAUGUAUCGGUGCCUAAAGAUAAAGGUAGCUUGAACUGCGCGUCAUUUGUUGCUGGUAUUGUUGAAGCUGUAUUAUGUGAUUCUGGUUUUCCGGCAAAAGUAACAGCGCACUGGCACAAAGGAACAACGUACAUGGUAAAAUUCGAUGAUUCUGUAAUAGCCCGAGAUAAACAACUCGAUGAGAAAUAA